UAUUACUUGACUCUUGUUGGGUUUGCGAGAAAUGGAAUAAUAAAUAGAUGUCAUUGGUGUAUAUUCUUCUUAGCCAACAAAUCAGAUUCGAAUUUGAUAAUAAUUGCUAAUAAUUGAGAGAACAUGGCAAUAUAAUAUUUGUAUGUAUGUAUAUACAUAUAUUAAUUUUUAAAAAUGCGGAAGUUGUUUCUAAAAUCUUGACGAGUCAUUUCCUUGUGAGCAGUAAAAAAGAAGAUUCGAAGAAAGCGUGUGCUUGAACAUGAAAUUACGAUGAAUCUCUCAUGUUUAAUCAGCACAUGCGAAGAGUAUGCAUUUAGAAAUUAUUGCAAUAAUCGAAAGUCGAAAUUAAUAUCGGUGAACAGUCUCCUACAAAGCUGAUUGUACUUGUCCUAAGUACGCGUUCUAAAUAUGAUAUUCUAAUGAAAUCUUGGAGUAUAUAAUAGUUGUUUAGGUUAGCCCGGACCAAGGCUGGCCCCUGCAAGAUUUGCCUGUUCAUUAUUCAUUUAAUUUUCGCAUGACGCACAUUGCGAUAAUCGGAUCGCGAAUAACAUGACGAUUCUCUGGAAAUUAUUGACUAAUCCUGGUGUCCUACGAAAACCAGGAUGCUGCGGGGUCGGCGUGUCACAGAAGUAUCUAUUUGGCUCGUGCCUGACAGGGCCGACUGUCAGAUUCUCGAGGAGAGGCCGCCUGCUUGUUGGACUGAGACAUCACACGACCAAUGCCAUCCGAUCCGACACAUCCAUGCCCAUAGUGCACACUGUUAAGACGAAGAAACGAUCAGAAUUGAAGACCCUGAUUUUAUUGGCCGCUCCUGAGAAGUGGACUCUGAUGAAGGCCAUCGCUCUGCUGCUCGUGUCGUCCAGCGUAACGAUGGCGGUCCCAUUCUGUUUUGGCAAAGUGAUAGACGUUGUCAAUACCGUGGAAAAGUCAGACAUGAAGGAGAACCUCAAUCGGCUAACACUUGCUCUGUUUGUAGUAUUUCUUAUAGGUGGGGUGAGCAACUUUGGCAGAGUUUACCUGAUGUCGACGGCAGGACACAGGAUCACACAGUCCCUCAGAAAACAGGCGUACGCCGCUAUCAUUCAGCAGGAAACGGCGAUGUUUGAUAAAGAAAGUACAGGAGAACUGGUUGGACGAUUGAGUGGAGACACACAACUUAUUAGCUCGGCAGUUACAUCCAAUGUAUCAGAUGGCUUGCGUUCCGCUAUCAUGGCCAUUACAGGAGUGUCCAUGAUGUUCUAUGUAUCACCAUCCUUAGCCUUGCUCGGUUUAGCUGUAGUACCACCGGUUGCAGUUGUAGCUGUUAUUUGGGGACGCGUCUUGAAAAGAGUCUCUAAGGAUCUGCAAAGCAAUCUUGCGAUAGUCAAUACAACCGCGGAAGAAAGAAUCAGCAAUAUAAGAACUGUAAAGGCAUUCGCCCAAGAAAAACGCGAAAUUGAAAGAUAUAGUGCCAAACUACAAGACGUUCUGAAACUAUGUUACAAGGAGAGUUUAUAUAGAGGAAUGUUUUUCGGCAUGACUGGUCUUUCUGGGAACGCUAUUGCCCUUUCGGUCCUUUAUAAUGGUGUAUUCAUGGUAUCAAAUUCCGAUAUAACGAUUGGAAGUUUAAGCGCCUUUCUAUUGUACGCUGGCUAUGUAGGCAUAUCUCUGAGUGGAUUGUCUAAGGCAUACAGCGAUUUAAAUAAGGCUCUAGGCGCAAACACUCGUCUGUUCGAGUUGAUUGAUCGACGGCCGCUUAUUCCCACUGAGGGCGGGAACAUUUUAGAGAAAGAAUUAUCAGGUAAUGUGACGUUCCAAGAUGUCUUCUUCGCGUAUCCAACGCGAGAGAAGUUGUCCGUGUUGAAGGGUUUCAGUUUAGACGUAGAGAAAUGUUCUGUGACGGCUAUCGUUGGCUCCUCGGGUUCCGGCAAAUCUACUGUGGCGUCGCUUUUACUGAGACUGUACGAUCCUACCAAAGGAUCGAUAUUCUUGGAUAAUCACGAUCUCCGUCUGCUCGAUCCCAUGUGGGUAAAGUCCCAGAUCAGUAUUGUAUCCCAAGAGCCGAUUCUUUUUAGCGGCUCAAUAAGGGAUAAUAUAUUGUACGGAAUGGAGUCUGCGAUGGAUUCCGAUGUAAUAGAAGCUGCGAAACAAGCGCACGUGUUACAGUUUACAGAAAAAAUGACAGACGGAUUGAAUACGAUAGUCGGAGAAAGAGGUAUUGCCCUUAGUGGCGGACAACGUCAAAGAGUCGCCAUUGCCAGGGCGCUAAUAAAGAAACCAAAAAUUUUAAUACUGGACGAAGCGACCAGUGCCUUAGACGCAGAAAGUGAAUAUUUCGUUCAGGAAGCUUUAGAACGUGCUAUCCGUGGAAGGACAGUGAUAACGAUCGCUCACAGGCUUAGUACAAUAAAGAAUGCCGAUAAAAUCGUGGUGCUUGAUGGCGGACAAGUGGCGGAAAUCGGCACUUAUAUCGAGCUAAUGAAUCUGGAGCAUGGUCUUUUUAAAAAAUUAGUAAAACAUCAAACGUUUACAUAAAUGUACAGAAAUCGUUAAUUAUUUGCAGAUUUGUUUUCAUUUUGGCCUAUCAAUGUAUUAUAUGUAUAUAUUACAUAUUGUAUAUAUUUAUUAUCCUUUAAACAUCCAAGAUAAUAAAUAAUUCCAUACAUUAUCGCCGUAUUUCUUGGUGGGAAUACUUAUAUCGAUAUCUGAUUGGAAUAAAAAUAAAAGAGUGCAAUAUUAUA